AUGAGUGGACAGGCUGCUAGCUACUACAAUAAUGAGGGCUUUGCUCACCCACAGGCCCAGCCCCAGCAGCCUGCGUACGGGUACAAUACUGGCCAGGGGAAUUACCAGCAACCCAAUUAUCAACCUCAACCGCAAUACCAGCAAAACUUCCAACCACAGCCUAACUAUCAACAACCUGCGGAAGUAAAGCCACCACCAAAUUUCCAGCAAAAUGCCCCGCAGUCGGGUUAUAGCUUCGAUGAGGCCUUCAAGAUCGAGAAACCCAAGUGGAAUGAUCUGUGGGCUGGCCUCCUGCUGAUCGCAGUGUUCCUAGGAUACGCUGCUGUCUCCGGAAUCACAAUCCACAAGUACGCGACGAACAAGGGCUUCAGCGGAGGAGGUAUCUACGACUCGGCCAAUGAUUUCUCUCUCAACACCAAUACCUUAGUAUUGUUUAUCUUCGUGCUCAUCGUCGCUCUCGUUCUAUCCUGGCUAUACUUCAUGGGCGCAAGAUACUUCACCAAGACCUUUAUCUGGGCAACCGGCAUUCUGAACAUCGUCUUUGCCCUCGCCACGGGAAUUUACUACAUCGCGCGCAAGCAGUAUGGAGGUGGAAUCGUGUUCCUGCUUUUUGGAGUGUUCGCGAUCAUUUGUUUCAUCAGUUGGAUCCCGCGCAUCCCAUUUACUGCAUUUAUGUUGCAGACCGCAAUGGACGUCGCGCGAGGCUAUGGUCACAUCUUCCUCGUCAGCGCAUUGGGUGGUAUUGUCACUGUCGCGUUCGCAGCCUGGUUCUCGGUCACUCUGGUCUCGGUCUACGUCGCCUACGAGCCUAGCUCCACGGGCAGUAAUCCGUCGUGCCAGGACGGCGGUUGUAGCAGAGCCAAGGUGAUCGGUCUGGUCGUGUACGUGACUUUUGCCAUGUACUGGGUCAGCGAGUGGAUCAAGAACACUGUUCACACUACCAUUGCUGGUGUGUACGGCUCAUGGUACUUCUGGAGCAAGUCUGCCGGUGGUAUGCCCAAGGGCUCGACUCGUGGUGCAUUCCGACGCGCAACCACCUACUCAUUUGGAAGUAUCAGUUUGGGAAGUCUGAUUAUUGCGUUCAUUCAGAUGAUGCGCCAGGCCUGUUCUAUUGCUCAGCGACAGGAGGCUGCCCAAGGAAACCUUAUUGGCAGUAUUGCUAUGUGGGUACUGGGAUGCUUUAUCUCUCUGCUCGACUGGCUCAUCACACUCUUCAACCGCUACGCUUUCUGUCACAUUGCUUUGUACGGAAAGGCGUACAUUCCCGCGGCCAAGGAUACUUGGAAAAUGAUGCGGGACCGAGGUAUCGAUGCCCUUGUGCAAGACUGCCUGAUGGGUCCAGUGCUGACUAUGGGCUCGACCUUCGUCGCCUAUGUCUGCGCCUUACUGUCCUACUUGUACCUGCAGUUCACCAAGCCGGAAUAUAACAAGGACGGCAAUUUUACAGCUGUUAUCAUGGCGUUUGCGUUCUUGAUUGGUUUGCAGGUCUGCCAGGUCUUCAUGACGCCCAUUGGCAGUGGUGUUGAGACAAUCUUCGUGGCCAUGGGCUGGGAUCCUCAGGUCAUGAUCAACGAUCACCCGGAUAUUUAUUACAAGCUGGUGGAGUUGUAUCCCCAGGUACAGCAGGCAGUCCACGCAUGA